UAUCUCUUUUCAAAAAUCCCUAAAACCAUAUUCAUUCACUUCCACUCUCCUCUCUCCACCUUUCGCCAAAACCAAAUUCUUCUCUUCGACUAGCUGAGCCUCCUCCGGCCUUCGAUUCCCGGCGCCGGUCAGUCCCCACGCGUCCUAGCCACCGCAAGCCGCUUCUUUUUCCCACGAUCCUGUCGGUCACCAUUCCCCGAUUAUCUUUUUUUCAAACCCCCAUACUCCUAUUUCGAUAUGGCAGUAGCAGGGUUGAUAGUCGCUGUGGAGCUCAAAUGACACUUCAUUCUGAUUCUUUUUAACUGAAUCUUCUCCUCUUUUGCUCAACUCCGAUCUCAUCCAAUUUUAGAGGUUCUCAAGCUCAAAUCAAGGUUUCAACUCUUCUGAAGUGAUCAGUCUAAGCUGAGUGAAUCCGUCCAUAAUUGUUUAAAUGGCAGAUUCUGAGGAAAAGCCACCAACUGAACAAGUCUGCAAUUUUUUUCGGAAGCCAAUAAAGAACAAAAACAUCAGAAAGCGAACAGUUACCGAGGAUGAUGAAGAAUCAAAUAAAGAUAGCACAUUUUUGCAUAAUCAGAAAAAGCCCCCAAAAGCGGACAAUAAGCUUUAUUUUUCUUCUGGACCGUCUAAAAGCACUACACUUGUGGAGUCAAAUGUAGCACCCGACACUACCGUCUUUCAGUUCGAGUCUUCCAAGGAGAUUCAAGUCCAACACGACAGCAGAGCAACAGCAACACUAGAAACCGAGACUGAUUUCACUAAAGAUGCACGAGCUAUACGUGAGAGAGUUCUAAAGCAGGCAGAGGAAGCUUUGAAGGGAAAGAACAAGAGCGGUGGGGAUGAUAAGCUGUACAAAGGAGUUAAUGCCUAUACUGAUUUUAAGGCUGGGUUUCGAAGGGAGCAAACAGUUUCCAGCGAGAAAGCUGGAGGGUCACAUGGGCCACUCAGGGCUUCUGCUCACAUUAGAGCUACAACGAGAUUUGAUUAUCAGCCGGACAUCUGCAAGGAUUAUAAAGAAACCGGUUAUUGUGGCUAUGGUGAUUCCUGCAAGUUUAUGCACGAUCGAGGGGAUUACAAGUCCGGAUGGCAGAUGGAGAGGGAGUGGGAAGACGCAGAGAAAAUAAGAAAGAGAAAUUUAGCUUUAAGAGAAGCAGGUGAUGGAGAUGACAUUGUUGGUGACGAGAGUGAUGAAGAUGAUGAAAAUGCAUUGCCCUUUGCCUGUUUCAUUUGCCGGCAGCCUUUUGUUGAUCCCGUCGUAACUAAAUGCAAACACUACUUCUGUGAGCAUUGCGCGUUGAGGCAUCAUACAAAGAACAAGAAAUGCUUCGUCUGCAACACGCCUACGCUUGGCAUUUUUAAUACCGCGCAUGAGAUACGAAAAAAGAUGGCCGAAGAGGGCAAAAAGACUGACACUUGAUCUUAACCAACAGAUAUUAGUAUGUGUGUGAAUUAUGAAGAAUGGGCAUCUGAAAAUGGUUGUAAGCUUUGAAAAUUGUAGAAUUGGUCGCUCAACUUUAAAGUAACUUAAUGUAACAAGUAACAUUUUAUUUUCUCUUUAAAUUACAUAGAUUUUUUUUUAUCUGAAAAA